UUUCUCUCUUUCUUAACUUGUUUUGAGGAAAUCUAGAAGGCAAAGCUAUAAAAAAAAAAUCUCAGAAGCGAGGUGAUACGAAGCAAGCAAUCAUGCUAACUUGCGUCUUCUGACAAAAUCGUAGUCAUUAGUCUCAGUAAGGAAGGUAGUGAUGGGGAAGAAAGGAAGUUGGUUUUCUAAAAUCAAAAGGGUUUUUACUCCACAUUCCAAAGAGAAGCUAGGCAAUGAAGCAGAGAGAAAGAGUGGAAAAGAAAAGAAGAAGAAAGGUUUUGGGAAGCUAAGGUGUGGAGAUACCAGUUCAUUUCUUCCUAUCUUCAGAGAGCCUAGUAGUAUUGAAAAGAUCUUUGGUGAGGCUGAGAGAGAUCACAAUCUUGUUUUCAGGCCUCCUACUCCUUCUGAUCAUUCAAAUCCAUUAUCAUCCACUCCUCCUCUGAGGCCUGCUUCCCCAAAACCAACUUCUCUAAGAGUUGACUCACCAAGAGCUGCUUCUCCAAAGUCUCCUCCUACUAGAGCAGACGUUCCAAGCUUGGAUUCUCCAGGAUGUCUUUCAUCAAAGCCCCCUGAUCGAUCAAAGCCAUCAUCAUCUUCUACCAGUGCUCCUCCUCCUCCUCCUCCCUUGCCUGCUUCUACUCGAGUUCCUUCUCCAAGACCAGUUCCACAAAGAGUUUCAUCUCCUAUAAAGCCCCCUUCUCCAACACCAACUUCACCAAGAGCUGACUCCCCACAAGCCCUCUCUCCAGAACCACCUUCUCCAAGAGCAGACCCACCAAGAUUAGAUAGUCCAAGGUCUCCUUCACCUAAAGCAGAACCACCGAGAUUGAAUGCUCCAAGACCCACUACACCUAGGCCUCUUUCUCCAAAAGCGGUCUCGCCUAGUGCUGUGCAGCGAGGGGAGUUUGUUUCUAGACCAGAGGCAACUCUCUCGGUCCAACAUGCUUCUGCAACAAAGAUUCAAGCAGCUUUCAGAGGUUACAAGACCAGGAGGAGUUUCAAAGCUCUCAACGGUCUAGCUAGGCUUCAAGGGGUGGUGAAAGGACGCAGCGUGAAGCGGCAGACUGUAAGUGCAAUGAAGUACAUGCAGCAAGUGGUCCGUGUUCAGUCCCAGAUUCAAUCACGCCGCAUCAAAACGUUGCAAAACCAAGUUCAUGUUGAGAAAGAUGAAGCAAAACGGGCUGCAUCAGAAGCUGGUAAUGACAAAUGGGACGACAGUGUUCUGACCAAAGGAGAAAGAGUUGCAAGAUCGCAGAGGAAGAUUGAUGCAAUCAUCAACAGAGAACGAUCAAUGGCCUAUGCAUACUCUCACAAGUUGUGGAAAAACAGUCUCAAGUCUGCUCAGGACGUUCAAAAUUCAGGUGGACUGUCUCUUUGGUGGAACUGGGGUGAUAGGCAGGUUCCUCUUGCUAGUCCUGCACCAAGCCAUAGACAAACACUAAGAGAUUACAUGCUAACACCAUCAAGACUGAGCCCAAGCCCUCUGUCUCAGUCAAGCAACCAACACCAUUUCAAGCAUGACAACAACUUUGACACUUCCACACCAACAUCGUCGAUUUCUACAUUUCACACCCCAUCCAGACCCUUCCGCACAUCAAGAUACUCGAGAGAAAGACUAAGAGGUCAAGAUUCACCUCUCAAAGACGAUGCCAGCUUCACAAGCUGCCCUCCAUACCCGAGGUACAUGGCUCCAACGGUCUCUGCCAAAGCCAAAGUUAGACCAAACAGUAAUCCAAAGGAGAGAGGGAUGGGUACACCAUCAGUCAGUAGUGAGAAAAGAAGAAUGUCUUAUCCCAUUACGCAAAAAGGUCUCAAUAUGUUUAGAUGGAAGAAAGGGUCAUUGCAUAUGAGCAAUAACGGUAGCCACAGAGGUCCUGGUUCACCUGGAGGUGUGGUUCUUGAGAAGCAAAAGACACUUAAGUCAGUAGGGAAUUCGAGUAUUGAUACUACUGUCUCUAUGCCAGCUACAGUUGGUAGGAGACCCUUUAACAUAUAUGUGUGAUUUCUUUUGUUCCAACCUUUUUAAUGUUAUUUUUGCUUCAUUUGUGGGUGGUGUUAAUUUUGAAUGUUGUUGUAAUAUCUAUUGUGAAUUUUCGUAUGUAACAUAACAAAAUAUUUGGUUUGAAGUAGAUGUCAUGUAUGUAAACUAAGACCAAUGUCUCAGUGAUAGGAAAGUAUAUAAAUGCAAAGACUUUGAUUCUGUUGGGA